GUUGACCUUCCCAUCAGUUCACACUCCCAGCAUCAUCCCCCUCCACCUGCCCAUCCUCCUCCACCCAUCCCCUCUGGCAAGGGACGAAAAUCUCCCCGCAAUAAAUCACCGAGAGCCAUCCGAGUGAAGACACCACAGGCCCCAGCCGUGGAAGAGACACCCCGAACUCCAGAGGCCCCUGUGGAGCCUGUUAAGCCUCCGGUGACUCCACCCCCUAAACCUGCACCUGCUGGCCCCGCCUUCCAGAGCCUGAAUGUCUCCUACCCCAAUGGUCUUUUCCUGACUUUCCAGAGAGACAAUGCAGAAGCCAAAGAUGGAGCUACAGCUCGUCUACUCGUUAGGCUGACCUACCCCAUAAGAGUGAGGAACGCCCAGCUGUGCAGAGGGAGCAAGACCCCCGAAAUCCCUGAGACGAGCCGUGUUAUUACUCCAGAAGGGGCGGUAUUGAAGCGUAUGCUGGACGGCUCCACAGAGGUCCUGUUUCCUGAUGGAUCCGUGAGCAGAAGUCCAGAUUCGGGUCCCAUCACUGCUCCUUGUCACCCUGCACCACUCCUUGCAGAAGAGCAUGACACCCCCACAGCCGAUGCCCAGUCAGCGCCUGCUUCUGCUGGAUCUACACCCGACUCCAAGGAGCAGAAAUCAGAGCCCCUC